GGUGCGGGAAGGGGGAAAGGCAGCCCAGGGAGAGAUCUGAGUGUGACAGGGCAUGUUUUAGGCUCCCAAAGCUCCUGGGGGAGGAAGGUUUGCUCUGCGGGGAGGCUACACCCUGCUUCUUCCUUCUCGCGUUUGGGGGUGGAUUCGCGUUCUGCCUCUAAACCAUCCUGGGGUGACAAAAUCCACCCCCCAGCCCCGUCCGUGAGGCAACACCCGGGUCGCGAUGCGGCGUUGGACGGAGCCGGGCCUCGGCGGGGAGCAGCGCUGAGGAUCCAUCUGUGGGUGCCGCUGGUCUGCUCGCCUCGGGGGUCACAACUGAGGUCCUGACACUGCCCAGGCGUCCAAAAUGGUCGUGGAAAGACACCACCUCACCCGUGCAGGAAUAGCGUUCGCUCUCUACCUUCAUCACCUCGUCAGCGCCAUCGAAGUCCCUCUGGAUUCAAAUAUUCAGAGUGAAUUGACUCAGCCCCCCACAAUCACCAAGCAGUCCGUGAAGGACUACAUCGUGGACCCCAGGGAUAACAUCUUCAUUGAAUGUGAAGCCAAAGGGAAUCCCGUUCCCACUUUUUCCUGGACGCGGAAUGGGAAGUUCUUCAACGUGGCCAAGGACCCCAAAGUGUCCAUGCGACGGCGCUCGGGGACGCUUGUCAUUGACUUCCACAGUGGGGGACGGCCAGAGGACUACGAGGGCGAGUACCAGUGUUUUGCCCGGAAUGACUACGGCACUGCUCUCUCCAGUAAAAUCCACCUCCAGGUUUCGAAGUCUCCCCUGUGGCCCAAGGAGAAGGUGGAUGUGAUAGAGGUGGAUGAAGGUGCUCCACUCAGCCUGCAGUGCAACCCGCCGCCCGGCCUUCCCUCUCCCGUCAUCUUCUGGAUGAGCAGCUCCAUGGAGCCCAUCCACCAGGACAAGCGGGUGUCCCAGGGCCAGAACGGUGACCUGUACUUCUCCAACGUCAUGCUGCAGGACGCCCAGACCGACUACAGCUGCAACGCGCGCUUCCACUUCACCCACACCAUUCAGCAGAAAAACCCCUACACCCUCAAGGUGAAAACCAAGAAACCCCAUAACGAAACGUCUUUACGAAAUCACACUGACAUGUACAGUGCCCGAGGGAUUACGGAAACAACUCCCAGCUUCAUGUAUCCCUACGGGACCUCAAGCAGUCAGAUGGUGCUCCGAGGGGUGGACCUCUUGCUGGAGUGCAUUGCUUCAGGAGUACCAGCACCAGACAUCAUGUGGUACAAGAAAGGAGGAGAACUCCCAGCAGGCAAAACCAAGCUGGAAAACUUUAACAAGGCUCUUCGUAUUUCCAACGUCUCCGAGGAAGACUCUGGGGAGUAUUUCUGCUUGGCGUCGAACAAGAUGGGCAGCAUCCGCCACACGAUCUCGGUGAGAGUGAAGGCUGCUCCAUACUGGUUGGACGAACCCCAAAACCUCAUUCUGGCCCCGGGUGAGGAUGGCAGGCUGGUGUGUCGAGCCAACGGGAACCCCAAGCCUGCGAUACAGUGGCUGGUGAAUGGCGAGCCUAUAGAAGCUUCUCCCCCCAACCCGAGUCGAGAGGUGUCUGGAGACACCAUUGUAUUCCGAGACACCCAGAUCGGCAGCAGCGCCGUGUACCAAUGCAACGCCUCCAACGAGCACGGCUACCUGCUCGCCAACGCCUUUGUCAGCGUCCUGGACGUGCCUCCACGGAUACUGGCCCCCCGCAAUCAGCUCAUCAAGGUCAUUCAAAACAACAGGACCCGGCUCGACUGCCCCUUCUUUGGCUCACCGAUCCCCACCCUGAGAUGGUUUAAGAACGGCCAGGGGAACACGCUGGAUGGAGGAAACUACAAGGCACACGAGAAUGGGAGCUUGGAGAUGACCAUGGCUCGGAAGGAGGACCAGGGCAUCUACACUUGUGUGGCCACCAACAUCCUGGGUAAAGCGGAGGCCCAGGUUCGCCUGGAGGUCAAAGACCCAACCCGGAUUGUGAGAGGACCCGAAGAUCAAGUGGUGAAGAGGGGCUCCAUGCCUCGCCUCCACUGCCGUGUAAAGCACGACCCUACGCUGAAACUCACGGUCACCUGGCUGAAGGAUGAUGCGCCCCUGUACAUUGGAAACAGGAUGAAGAAAGAAGAUGAUGGUCUGACAAUAUAUGGCGUGGCUGAAAGGGACCAAGGGGAUUACACCUGCGUGGCUAGCACGGAGCUGGACAAGGACUCGGCUAAAGCAUACCUCACCGUACUGGCUGUCCCUGCUAACCGUUUGAGAGAGUUACCGAAAGAACGACCCGACCAGCCCCGUGACUUGGAGCUGACAGACCUGGCCGAGAGGAGCGUGCGGCUGACGUGGAUUCCCGGCGAUGACAACAACAGCCCCAUCACAGACUACCUCGUCCAGUUUGAGGAGGACCGGUUCCAACCUGGCAUGUGGCAUAACCACUCCAGAUACCCCGGGAGCGUCAACUCGGCCGUUCUGAGCCUCUCUCCUUACGUCAACUACCAGUUUCGGGUGAUUGCAGUGAACGACGUGGGCAGCAGCGUGCCCAGCGUGCCCUCCGAACGCUACCAGACCAGCGGGGCACGUCCUGAAAUUAAUCCAACAGGAGUUCAAGGUGCAGGGACCCAAAAAAACAACAUGGAGAUAACCUGGACGCCUCUGAAUGCGACUCAAGCUUAUGGGCCCAACCUCAGGUACAUCGUGAGAUGGAGGCGAAGGGACCCCCGAGGGAGCUGGUACAAUGAGACAGUGAAGACACCAAGGCACGUUGUCUGGAACACACCCAUCUACGUACCCUACGAGAUCAAAGUGCAGGCAGAGAACGACUUCGGUAGAGCCCCGGAGCCUGACACCGUCAUCGGCUAUUCAGGGGAAGAUUAUCCCAAGGCUGCGCCUACGGAUGUUAGGAUAAGAGUUUUAAACAGCACUGCCAUUGCUCUGACCUGGACCCGGGUGCACCUGGACACCAUCCAGGGACAGCUCAAGGAGUACAGAGCCUAUUUCUGGAGAGACAGUAGUUUGCUGAAGAACCUGUGGGUCUCCAAAAAACGGCAGUAUGUGAGUUUUCCUGGAGACCGAAACCGGGGCAUAGUGUCCCGGCUGUUUCCUUACAGCAACUACAAGCUUGAGAUGGUUGUAACCAACGGGAGAGGCGAUGGGCCACGCAGUGAAGUUAAGGAGUUCCCCACACCAGAAGGAGUGCCCAGCUCCCCCAGGUAUUUAAGAAUCCGACAGCCAAACCUGGAAAGCAUCAAUCUGGAGUGGGAUCACCCAGAGCAUCCCAAUGGAGUCCUCACAGGAUACAACCUUAGAUAUCAAGCCUUUAACGGAUCCAAAACGGGCCGAACCCUGGUAGAGAACUUCUCUCCCAAUCAGACAAGGUUCACCCUGCAGAGGACAGACCCCAUCUCGCGCUAUCGCUUCUUCCUGCGCGCACGGACCCAGGUGGGAGAAGGCGAAACAGUAAUGGAGGAGUCGCCAGCCCUGCUGAACGAAGCCACGCCAACCCCAGGUACCGUACCAGCCGGAGGAGCUGCAACUGGGUCGCCUCCUCCUACCGUCGGUCUAACCAGUACUACAACCACCCCAAGUACCACCACCGACACAACAACUACCGACACCACAACUACCGACACAACUACCACAACCACCGACACAACUACCACCACAACCACCGACACAACUACCACCACAACCACCACCACCACUCCAGCCGCCACCACUCUACCCGCCACCACCGCCGCAAGCACUACAACAGCUCCAGAGAGGGCUCCGGCAGCCACCACAAAGCAGGAGUUGGCCACCAAUGGAUCGUCCAUAUGGGACAUAAGAGCUAUGGCUAAUAGUAACUGGGCAAACAUCACCUGGAGCCACAAUUACUCUGCAGGAACUGACUUUGUGGUUAAGUAUAUCACCAGUAACAAGACAGAGAAAUCUAUCCCUGUUAAAGCUCAGACCCCUUCCUCUGUGCAGCUGGCGAAUCUGACGCCGGGAAUGAUGUACAAGCUGUGGGUGUUCCCCAUAUGGUCUAGCCCCAGCGAACACUCGUACAUAACCUUUACCACCAGCUCAGCUUACACCAAGAAUCACGUGGACAUCGCAACGCAGGGCUGGUUCAUCGGUCUGAUGUGUGCCAUAGCUCUCCUGGUCCUUAUUCUGUUGAUCGUCUGCUUCAUUAAGAGGAGCAGAGGUGGGAAAUACCCAGUACGAGACAACAAAGACGAGCAUCUAAAUCCCGAAGACAAGAACGUAGAAGAUGGGUCGUUCGACUACAGGUCUCUUGAAAGCGAUGAAGACAACAAACCCCUGCCAAACAGUCAGACCUCCUUGGACGGCACGAUAAAGCAGCAGGAGAGCGACGAUAGCCUGGUGGACUAUGGAGAGGGGGGAGAAGGGCAGUUUAACGAGGACGGCUCCUUUAUCGGCCAGUACACGGUGAAGAAGGACAAAGAGGAGACCGAAGGCAACGAGAGCUCGGAAGCCACCUCCCCAGUCAAUGCUAUCUACUCACUGGCAUAGCGCAACGCACUGAAACCACAAACAGCCCGAGGUGUUCGUAGUGGAUGGGGGUUAAACAACAACCGCCGCCGCCACUACCUCCAACAGAAGCGUGUGAAUGAAACCAACCAACAGCGACAAAACAAAAAAGAAAAAAAAAAAAAAACAAAAAAGAAAAAAAAAAGAAAAAAAAUCCAAGCAAGCAAACAGGCAGACCAGGUGGCUGCCGAUGCCAUCUUAUCCUUAGCAAACAAGCGAACGGCAAGGACUCCCGGGGCGCGGAUGGGUUGUAGCUGUAGCUGAAAUCUGGGCUGAGCCAGAGGGGCUGGAGGAGGAGUGGGGUGCUCCAGCUGCACCCCAGCUUCGGGGCUGGCCCCAGCACCCAGAGCCAGCCCGACCAGGCAGUGGGGCUUGGCCGCCCAGGCUCCCCGAGGCCCUUUUUGUUCUUUUGGGAGGGAGUUAAAAAUUCUUCUUUUUAAUCUUUACAGGAAGGUUCCAGUUAAGAGGGGAACAGGGGGGAAAAAAAGACAAAAAAAAAAAGGUUUGGGGAGGGAAGAGGGGUGAGCGGGGCCUGGGCGGAGCAGCAUAAAUGCACGCAAGGAGGAAAGUGGUGGAUCUUUGGGUAACGACCCCACGGCACUGUGUUAUGAGAUGCUCAUCCUCACAGCAGCACCUCGCCCACAGCUUCCCCCCACCCCGAGACUAGUCAGCGCCACAAGCUCCUUCCCGAAAGAUCUAUGCAGGGAAGAGCAGGUCCCCACCGCUUCCCCUGGCGCCGUAACUCGGCUCCACGGUCCAUCCCCUCUGCAAAGGCCAUAGGGAGGUCACCCCCCACCCCGCGGGGCUCCGGAGCAUCCUCGGAGGAGCAGGAGUUGCAGAAGAGCUUGUGGGAUUUGUGGAAGGACAGUCAGGUGCCGCUCGCCCUCCGAGCCCAGGAUAACAGCACGGCUUGUCUGGGGAGCUGCAGGGAAAUCAUUUUGGUUUAGUCUUUGCUUUUGUAAGAAUUUGGGGGGGGGGGGGGAAAUCCCCCCAGACCAUGCCUGCUUUCUUUUAAAGGCAACUCCAUAAGUCUUAUGUAGCAAAGAGGGAGCGGAAACAGGAUGGGUGUUAACAUAGGAUGAGGGGACCAGGUAUCACUUAUUUAAAAGACACAACCAACCAACUCAAAGCCGCCCGAUCAAGGUGAGAAGCCCCACGGGGGUCGGGUAGAGGAUCCCCUGCUCUCGCCCUGCACCGCAGCUCCCGGUCAGCAGCUUGAACGGUUCAGGGACACGCGUCCCUCGGGAGACAGGGAGGAGGGCAGGCGGUGGGAGCGCAGGACCCGAGGUCCGCACCUUCCCGAGGCACUGGGGAUGAACCGGAUCGACAGUGUUUUCCACUAAAUCCCCCUCCUCGUUUCUGACAGCGGCCUUCCCCCCCUGCCCCCCCAUCAAUCAGCCUGAGCGAGACCCUUCCACAAGCGACCGCCUGCACCGCAGGACCCCCCUCCGCUGUCUUAUUUACAUAUCAAGACAACAUGCAAUUUAAUUUAACCCGUUAACACACUGUAACAAAGCGUCUCGGAUAGGAGUGCUCCUUCACAUGCCUUACACAGCUUCGAACUUCCCGUGAAGUUUAAUAAACUGACACUACUCCCCCACCGCUUACGCGCCCCUAACGCGAUGGUCUUCGAUCCGCCAGACCAGUAGGAGUAGGACGCCUGGGCAGCUCUCCCAGCUGAGACAGCAUGGAUCACUGUAGAAGGUAGAGUUUUAUAACAGACCGUACUUAGCGGCCAACGCCAUGUGUAUUCUCCCACUUCCUGCACUUUUGAAACCAAAGGUACCUUCGCUGAGAGAGAUUGGAUCGCUUCAGACCGUUUUUUCACAGACGGCAAACGACGUUAGGAUGGAUUUUUCUUGCGUUUCUUUUUCUGAAGGAGGAGGGUUUUGUUCAGCAUAAUGGACUGAAUGCGAUAGGAUUAAUGCAAUUAUUCUUUUAGCUUUCGAGCUGGUUUGCUACGAAGACAUACUGCUAACAAGAAUACGUCUACUAAUACUGAUUGUCGAGAUGGGCUUUGCCACGUUCUUUUAAGCUGCUAAUGGCACAACUAUCCCGCGCUUCGGGGAAGAGCCUGGACCUGGUCAGCACUUACUGCUGGAUCGCCCCGAGGGAACAGCAGAGAACUGGAUGCAAACCAAACAGCAAAGGGGCUACAUGCACCAUAUGAGCCAAGGAGGGUUUAGGCUGGUGUUAACAGGCAGAGCCCCCUCCUAGAGUUGGGGGGAGCUACUGCUACCCCAGGCAGCACAGGAACGUCCCCCCUCCACCGCCCCGGAGCCCAUUUGCCAGGGUCGUCCAUCCGUGACAUCUUACCGAGUAGGAGCCACACACCUUGCUCUGUUACCAUCAGUGUAAACGCUUUCGUGCAACAACAAACCUACUCUACUGCUGCCACUCGCCACCGAUCCGGUUUAAGGAGAGCGUCUCCCAGCGCGUUCCCGGGACACACGUUCAGAUUUUAAGCAAAAACAGGACGCCAAAUGUAACGCAGCCCUUGGUCACAGGAAUAAUCACUUCACAAGCCUACGGCUGUCCUUACAACGCUGAGUUGGUGUAGCUUCUUGCCCAAGCACUUGUGGAAGUGAGGAGAGAAAGAAACUACAGCCUUUGCUGUGGAAAAGCCUCUGCUGCUGGAGCUGGGCAUCUUCAUUCACCCCCAGCACGCCAGAUCCUCGCUGCUUUGUGGGCCAACCGCUAAUAGGGAACACAAGCCCCUUGGCUACCACGCAGCACCUCCAAACCUCAAGAAAGUUGGUCAGGCAUUACUGGAAGCAGGGCGGUCUGUGUCAUGUGUCUGUAUUACGUGCCAUUUAUAUUAAAGCCUGUAUUUCUGUCCUGUCAUUAACCACCAUUUUCCUGAGCAAACCUCUUAGCAUCCAUCUGGAAACAGAGAAGAGUUUCACCCCGUAGCUUUGCAGCACGUGCCCGGUGGUGUGCCUCAGCAAGCAGGGAGAGAAGGAGCUGGACUCAGCCCAGCCAGUCCUGUCCUUGCCCAAAGUCUUGCAAAAAAACCCCAAAACCCAUGUAAGGUCCUACCACCAUGUUACUUUAAGCAGCCAGAAAAGGAAGGAGAUGUCUGCGGAGGGCCCAGAGGACAAACAGCUCAGUCUAAGUUACUUGUAGCCUUGUAUUAGCUUGGUAUAAAAACUGCUCCAAAAUUAUAAGUUAUAGUAAAAAUUUCAACAUUUCUUUAAAACUUCCCCUAGAAUUUUUGAGCUCAAAGAAAAUUUUAAAUCAAAACACAUACAGAGCUUAGCAUUUUUCACUCCCUUUAACGAAGGUGCAGUAGAUGAUUCCAUGUGCAGCUACAGCGUCGCAGGGAGCAAAGCCCUCGCUUGCUGCGACCACCAAAACCACCCCAAAAAAUGCAUUUUCCCCCCAGAAACAGCCAGGCUGCACCCCCAGGGGCAUCGUGGCCACGCUCCUGCCGAGCACGUGUCCUUUGAGCAGCAGGAGGUGGAUGCGGACCCCGCGCGAGGGCCGGUGGUGCUGACGGGUCAUGCCCGCCCAUCUCUGCCUGUUUGGGUGGGUGCUGUGCUGGUGGCUGUGUCCGCCUGUCCCCAGCAUCACCCUGCAGGACCUGCUUUGUGUCUCUACCCCCGGCUGUCCCUCUCCAGAGGGGACAGGCCAGUCACCUCAUCUCCUGCUACCUACAGCAUAACCCCUUGGAUUCGCAGAGAUGCCCGGGGGGAACCUGUAUCAGCCACCGGUGGCUCGAAGGGCAGGACCCUCCUAAGGGGCUGGUCUCCAUCACAAGGGUGACCAUCCUGCUCUGGAGCAGGGCACGUUUUCACCUUUUCUUUUCCAGCAGAUACAUCUCCAUAAAGGGUUUAAAUUAGGGGUCAACACUUAACAAAUAGAGGAAAAAAAAAAAAAAAAAGAGCUAGACCAAAAAAAAAUAAUAAUCAAGCACUCCUAGAAGCUGAAGAAAAAUCACUUUGGGUCCAACUCCCAACUUACAAAUUUGAGCCUGUUUUCUAAAACGGUCCGAGGCAAAACUUCAUCCAUCUGGAGACGGAUCCAGACUCUGGCAGCUGCACCGAGCGCAGGGACACAGCCCGGCGCCCCCGAGCAGCCCUUGGCUAUUUGGAGCCCUGCACGUGUCCAACAGCCGAUAAGGAACCCCAGGAGCAUGAGUGUGGGAUACAAGAGGACAGUUGGGGCGUUUACGCGAUCUUGAGGCUGUGACCAGACACAGAAAACCAGUGGGGAGGAAAAAAAAAAAAAAAUCAUCACUUUUUGGUACGAGCCCGGCGAUCCUGCUCACAGCACCCCCAGCUGUCCUGCCUGGCCACCAGACCACGACGUCCCCACCACACAGCCCCUGCCAGCGUCGCCUUCUCGCAGCCAACAGCCCCCUCUGACCCGAGGGAUCCACCCGUCACCCGAGGAGCUGCAGCUCCUGCCGCCCUCACGCCUGGGGGAGCAGGAGGGGGGCGAGGGCAGAGCCGUGCCCCUCACCCUGACUUACCUGGCUCGCAGCGCCCGCUCCAUCCGUGCCACUGGCCAUCCUGGCAAGUCCCGACGCCUCUCCUCGGUGCGCAGGUCCCAGCAGAGCCGCGAGUUCAACCUGCAACGUCCGUCGUACCAGGCUUAAUCGUGUACUAGCAGCAAACGAUUUCAGUUAAGCAAUAAACAAACCUUGUAAAAAUAAAUUAAAAAAAAAAAAAAAGACCACGUUCUAUUUCUUGCACUAAGACCUGUUUUAUUAACGAGAAUAACGACGCUUUUCUGGUCCUAACAAAACAACCCACCGCAUCAGUAGGUUCCCCCUUGCCCAGCAGCUCCUGUCUCUCCACGUCCUUCACGAGUGGGCAUUGGGCUUUGGAUGUCAAACGCAGCCUAAACCCCAAGUCAGACCCACAGACCAGACUCCUUCCUUUGCAGUACAGAGUUUUAAAUGUUCGUUCCUCCUGCUCACAUCAGAAAGAAAGUAUUGGAGUGUUUUGUUUUUCUUUAAUUUGUAAAUAUAUCACCAUCCAUCCAUCCUCUCUGUAAAACCUCCUGGUUGUUCUAAAGUAUUCUAUGUAUUUAUUUGCCUUUUUUUAAAGCAAAAAAAAAAAAGACCCAACCCAACACCUUUGCGUUAA